CAGCGUUGUAAACAAACGAAGCAACGCAAACUCCAAUAAUCCAACCCACAACACACAGGAAUAGCUCGCAAGCGAAAUAUACUGCAUACCUUUCAGAUAUUGGCGUAGCUAAGGGUCAUCGAGCGCCCGUUGCUUUUGCGCCAUGCCUUCUUUCCGAGUGCCAGAUUCAUAUUCUUCCAGCCCGCAGCCUUCAACACCAGAGAGGCGAAGGGAUGGCGCAUUUAAUCCCUUUGGCGCCUCGAACCCUUCGACAACACCAGCUGGUCCUCCUCCCCCGUCGUCAGCAGGCUCCUUCACGCCAGUCGGUCCACCGCCUUCAAGCAUGCUAGGGAGCUCUAGACUCGAUUUUGGCGACAGCAACCAGCCCCUACAACCUCUCAAUUUUGGCAGAUCACCUGGUCCUCCUCAAUUUGAUAGCCCCGAACCAUUACCCGCAUUCAGCUCGUUUGGACAAGCUGCUGGGAACAAAAGAUCUGGUCUUAGCAACGAAUUCAGUGCUUCUGACCUUGGGAUCGACCAAGACGCUGAAUACACCUAUGACGAAAGAAACAAUGCAUCUGAAUAUCAACUUGACGAAGGGGGCGAUUAUUCAAUAGACGAUAUCUCGCGUAUGGCUGAUGAAAUGGACGAAGACCGCUAUGGAAACGAGCAAGACCUGCUUGGGUUCGACAAUUCGUUUGCGGGAUAUGGGGCCAGGAAUACCGGUUUUGGGCAGACCGGCUUUCGAUCAUCCGGAUCUUUAGGGGGAGGCCCAAGCGACGAAAUAGCAGACCUCCGCAGGUCCAUUGAAGAUUCUGGGCCGAACGGUCCUGAGCAUUUCACGUUCGCACGCAUAGCAAAGGUUUUCUAUUCUCAAAUGGAUCCGCCUGAAAUCCAAGAAGGAGACGAUCUUGUUCUGAAAUCGGAGGCCCUCAUUGCGCGACUAUAUCGAGAAGGAAUCAGAAGAAAUGAGGAUGAACAAGCGCACACUGAGGUGACUACGAUUAUUCCCACCGAUAUUUUGAAAUUGUGGGAUGAUUACAACGAGCGAACAAAAUCUCACAAGGCAUCAGAAUAUCCAACUGCAAUUGGACCUGGCCGAGGAGCAAAAGGUUUUGCCUAUGCUUACUUUUUGAGCACCGUUCUCUUGAGUCUACAUAAUCCCUCGGAGGCAGAGGGUAAGCAAACACUGAAAUCGGUCCCGCAAGUAUUGCUGGAAUGGAUGGGCGAGCACCAUGAUCCGUACCCAAAUCAGCUCUCGGUCAUUUUAGGUUCAAGGCCUAGCCCUACCCAUAACCGCUUGUUUUGGAAUACAGUGGUUAAUAGCCUUCUCCGAGGCCGUGUUGGCGGGGUAGUGAAUGCCCUGCAAACCGCAGGAUGGGAACAUGCACGACAAGCUGUUGCCGAUGUUAGGAACCCUGAUUCGGGUGGGUACAGUGGCAGAGCCUUGAUCAAUGUUGAAAAGGUCACAGGAGACAUGCUUGAAGUACUGUACCACUGCCCUGGAAUACGAGAAGAUUGGGAGACCACAAAUAGCGAGUGGACAUUGUUCCGCCUAAAGGCCAGUCAGGGAUUGGAGAAUCUCAGGAGAUUUGCGGAAGGGAAAGACCAACCGGAAGAAGAGGAACCACCCGCAUUUGAAGCUUCAAAUUUCGGAAUGUAUUCCAUGGCAAAAUCAUACACCGGAGCUGCUAGAAAGGCAGAGAGUCGAGUACCUUGGGAGGUUUAUCAAAAUCUCACAUCCAUGUACAAUCUCAUGCUUGGAGAUGUCACCUCGAUCGUUGAAAAUGCUCAAGAUUGGUGUGAGGCUACAGUUGGUCUCAUGAUCUGGUGGAGCCAACCUCAGAAUGACCGUCGUGGUGCCCUUGGUCGUUCACACAGAAAACAGACCAAGGCACAUUCCCCUUUAAGACAAUUAACAGAAGCGUUCAACCUCGCGACUUCUGAUUCUACAGACUUCCAUGUCAAUACUGCAGAUAUGAUCGAGGUAGGAUUAGCAGCUAUAUUCGAAUCCGACGUUGAAUCCGCGUUUGGAAUCCUUGGGUCACUAUCGUCCCCGGUUUCCUCAGCACUUGUCGAAGUUGCCUCUGUUACAGGUUGGCUACCGUCCACUGCAGCCCAGAACCGCGUUGGCAUGAGCGAUAGCCUUGAUCAGGAUGAUAUGGACCUUCUUGGGCUUAACCAGCUACCACCGCAACAAUCUGAAGAUACCAAAACCAAAAUUCUGGUUGCUUAUGCCGAAGCUCUCUACGAGCAAAGUCGGACUUUAGAAUAUACGGAUAAUAACAAGCCUAGGGUUGCCCGUGAAAGCUGGGAGGUUGCUAUCGAGGUCCUUGCAAGAUUGGACUCUGCUGAGCGCUCUGAAAAAGAGGUUGGUCGCCUGAUUGGAGAUUUGCCGCUCGAGGAUGGCCCUACUGUCGACAAGCUCUGGAGACUCCUCAACGACAUUGGAAUGACCGUCCAUUCCGAGAAUGUGGCCGAGGAAUACGCCAACUCUCUCAGUGACCAUACGCACAAAUAUGGUGAAGCUAUCUGGUAUUAUUCCUUGGCGCACAAGCAGAACAAGGUCAAGGAUGUCCUCGACCUGCUUAUUUCACUUUCACUACUUCACUCCGUGGCUUAUCCACCGGAAAACGAACUAGACGAUCACUUGCAACGCCUCAUCUCCUCGCCAAAGGCCGCCUUAACCGAGAUAUCGCGACUCGACUAUGAGGCUGCAAAACUAAUCCACACGAUGCUGAGCGGUUAUGCAACGCUUCGACAAUUCUACACUCUUCGUGAUGAAGAAGUUCGCAGCUCUAGCGGACAAAUCAAGCCGCUGGCACUUUCUACGAAGUCACAGGCUGCAUCAGCCCUCAUCGCCGUUAUAACCAGCUCAGACGACAACAUCAGAGGUGGACUGUACGACGAAGAACGUGGCGCCGUUGUUAGUGUCGAUUUCUUACUUGCUUUACUCGGAGAAUCCAUGGUCUUCGUCAACCAGAAAGAGCGCCUCAUCACCUCUUCUCAAAUCGAUUCUCUCUUGAAGGCAAUCGAAGAUCUGCAGACUGUUUCUGAACGUGUAUAUUCAGCAUGCGACGAGUUCUUCCAGACCGUUGUUGCCUCGACCCAAGGGAUGAAAGGGUCCACUCCCAUGGAUCUACUGAAAAAAUCCACUUCUUCAAUGAGUGGCACAAGCAGCUUCUCUAUGGUCGGUAGUUCCAUGAUUGCUUCUCAACUACAGAAAUCCAUUGGAGGUAGCGGUGUUUUGGUGAAGGAGAACUUGCAUAGGGGGUGGGAUUGGCGAAAGGGUCUCACAGCAGGGAUGACGAGUGGAGAUGUAUUAAUGAUAUUGAGAUAUGGGCUGGCGAAGGAGUUGGCAAGAUCAUGUAUUUUGGAUGCCGAUGGCCAGAUAUGAGAGCUGUAGUGUCCAGACGGAUUAAGGGUGAGUAUGCAUGGAUGGGCUGGCGUUGACUUUUGGGGACAGCACGGGAAAUGGUAUGCGGGAGUUAAAACGCGGCUCACGGGCCGAGACCUCGAAUUAGUAGCAUGUACAUCACAGCUAAAAAGCUAUUUAGUUGAAAUUCCUCCUUUUAAUAGAAGCUCUAUUGCGCU